UGGGGCCUCGGUGCAGGGCCGAGCGCCCUGCAGGGCCGGCGAGUUUCCGGGGUCAGAACUGGGCUCACGCAGCUGUGGCUUCGGGGCGGACAGGGCCCGGCUUGGCGCCCAAAUCAGAGAGAAAAAGUCUCUAACGGGACAGAUGUGCGUCCUCUGACGCCCACCCCGCGAGUCCGAAACGGAGCGGGAGGGGCCGGCGCGCUGGUGGUCGUCCCAGGCGCGGGGGCUGGGACCCCAGGCGGGCCGCGCGGAGACGCGAUCCACGCCUCCGGCUCUCCGCUGCCCGCCGGUACUCCCCGACCUGCACGCGCGCACGGGGUACACACUCGCCAACAGGCCCGGUCCCCCCUAGCCAAAGCGCCUCUCGGUCCUUCCGCGCCCCACACCCUCGACUGCAGAAAAAUAAGCUUCAAGUUUUCACUCCGUGUUUCAAAUGUGCAUGAAGGAAUCUAACUGCACGACUGAAUAACAGCAUUAGUUUCAAUUAAUUUUUUUUAAAUCCCGGCAACAAUAAACUUUGAGAACAAAAGCGCUUUUACGUCCUUAAUUAGGCGAGCUUCCCAUCUGUGGUCUCUAAGUGUCUGCCUCUUGAUUUAACUUUGUCCUCCGCCCCGCCCCCGCCGCACACCCCUCCCCGCCCGGCCCGGCGCUUCGGGUUCAGCGGCCACCCCCACCCCGCGGCGCCGCCGGCCUCGGCCCAGCCGGCUCCGGCCGCCCCGAAGUUCGCACCGGCCAGCGGGCUCCGCAGCGGGGCUGGCGCGCACCAGGUGGCCUGGCUGCCUCCCUCCGGGCCCACCCCCUGGACAAUUCUGCAGGCCCCUGGCACUCUCGCCCCAGGCUGGCGCCCAGGGCGCGGAGCUGAAGGGAGCUCGCGAAGCGCCUUCUGUUUACCUUUUAUGGUUAAAAUAACAGCUUAGCAAAGAAGCGACUUCACGAAGAAGCGAUUUAGUGAAAUCGUCUCAAGCUGCCGCAGCUCAGCCAGUUUAAUCACCCCCAGAGAGCUGAACAACUGCGAGCACAAUGGGACACAAAAUCAUUUUGUGUGUAAAUGAGCGUGGCAUUCUGCUCGCUUCCCUCUGCUCGGGCGGGCGGGGCUCGGCGGCGGGCGGGCGCGGGACCCGGGGCUCCCGCCGCAGCUCAGGAGCGGGUCGAUACCCAGCCAGUUUGGAAACCCGCAGACCCUCGAGCACGCUACCGCCGAGGUCCCUGCAACAGGCAGUUUGGCCGAGUCUCACGAGGGCAGUGGCGCGCUGGGGCUGGGUCGUGGGUUUGAUGCUGGUGUUGGCGGAAUGAACUUGUAUCUCUUACUGCACCCACUUCUGUGCUUCUGACCUCAGCAGUGGUCUCGGGGAAAGGGUCGUUGUCCAGCACAGAUGCGUUUGUCGGAGGGAGCGCUGGAGGUUCGGGUCAAGGCGUAAAGCCUGGGGCUUCCAAUGAUACUCUGGGCAGCCAUGGAAGUCUAGAUGCCUCACCGCAAGGAGCGGCCGAGCGGGUCCUCGCUUCACGCCCACGGCAGCGCCGGCACUGCGGAGGGAGCAAGCAUGUCCCGGUUGUCUCUCACUCGGUCGCCCGUGUCUCCCCUGGCCGCCCAGGGGAUCCCACUGCCAGCCCAGCUCACCAAGUCCAAUGCGCCUGUGCACAUCGACGUGGGCGGCCACAUGUACACCAGCAGCCUGGCCACACUCACCAAGUACCCCGACUCCAGGAUAAGCCGCCUCUUCAACGGCACCGAGCCCAUCGUCCUGGACAGUUUGAAGCAACAUUAUUUCAUCGACCGAGACGGAGAGAUCUUCCGCUACGUCCUGAGCUUCCUGCGGACGUCGAAACUGCUGCUCCCGGACGACUUCAAGGACUUCAGCCUGCUGUACGAGGAGGCGCGGUACUACCAGCUGCAGCCGAUGGUGCGAGAGCUGGAGCGCUGGCAGCAGGAGCGAGAGCAGCGGCGCCGCAGCCGGGCCUGUGACUGCCUGGUGGUGCGGGUCACGCCGGACCUGGGUGAGCGCAUCGCGCUCAGCGGCGAGAAGGCCCUCAUCGAGGAGGUCUUCCCCGAGACCGGGGACGUCAUGUGCAACUCGGUCAACGCCGGCUGGAACCAGGACCCCACUCACGUCAUCCGCUUCCCGCUCAACGGCUACUGCCGGCUCAACUCGGUGCAGGUCCUGGAGAGGCUGUUCCAGAGGGGCUUCAGCGUGGCCGCGUCCUGCGGGGGUGGCGUGGACUCCUCCCAGUUCAGCGAGUACGUGCUCUGCCGGGAGGAGCGGCGACCUCAGCCCACACCCACCACUGUCCGGAUAAAGCAGGAGCCCCUGGACUAGGCCCUGCCUCAGUGCCCGCCUGAGGCCCCUCGGCCCUGGGGACACCCCAGGGACCUGGAAACAGUGCUGGGGCUUUCUGCGUCUCCUGCUUAGCAGUGGGUGUGAGACUGAGGGUGGGGCUGGAGGGUCCCCAGGGCCCCGGGUGUCAUGGCAACAGAAGGUGGGAUGCUGGAGGCAUGCCGCCUGAAGGACUGUUGAUGUGACCCAAAGAUGCCGCCGUGGGAACUCCGCUGCCAGUUCUCUGGGCCCCUCAGCUCCCCAGCUCCACGCAGGGCCCUGCGUGGCUCUCGGGCCUGCUGCGGCGGGGUCAGCAGAGGCCUCCCUGGCCCACUCCAGAGGAGCUGUUCAUCCUUCUCCAUGUGGGGCAGACUCCAGUGGGUCUCCUUGGGUCAGAGAUGGCUUAUUUUUCUACAGUAUUUAAGACAAAAGUAACUGUCACUGCACAAGCCAGAGAGACUGACAAGGACCAACACUUCUUUAUCUGGUGCUCAGUUCUAUCAGACAUGCAGCGUGCCCACGGGGGGAUGAGCUGCCGGGCGCUCAGGCCCAGGUGCUUGGAGACUUCUGGUCCCUGCUCUAGAGACAGAUGCAGGGGUAGCAGUGCCAUAGGAGCUGAAGCAGGGCCCCCAAGGGGUCAGGCUGCUGGGAGGAGGGCAGUGUGGGUGUGGGGGAUGGGUGGCUCUGGAAUCAUCUCAGCCCCUCCCCUUUGCUGCCACCCUGGUGCAGGCCACACUUGGUGUGUCACCUGCCCUACGAAUGCCCAGGGGCUUCCAGUCCUGUCUGCAUGUACUCACCUGGGCUCCCGCGGAAGUCUCUUCCCCACCCGGACCAGCCACAGGGCCACACCGCAUCCUUACCUCAGGAAUGGGCCCCACGGUGAAGGGGCCCAUCUGUCAGCAGCGUCCUCUGGGUCCCCAGCUCAGGAAGCCGUCCCCAGCUCCGAUAUUCCCACACUAAUAUGCACACUGAAUUUUAAUUAAACUAUUGUAACACUAGCCUGCAGUAAGACCUGGACACAGGCAUAUACCUAAGACUCUUGGCCCCAGAUUCCAACGAGGACUGGUCCUGAGGGGUCCUCCCAGACCUGCUGCCUCCCAGAUGACAGGCCCAAAGAUGGACACCCCGGCCUUGUCACACUUCCCAGAGCGCUGGCUCUUCCCCAGUGGAGAAACCGCAGGGAGCUGCUGGGUGGGUGGGGCGCCAGGGCCGGCACCACCAUGUACGAUGCCUGUAGACAUGUAUAUGACUCCUUUAAUAUUGUAAAGAUGCCGAUGUACAAUUGUCGUGUGUUUGUGUAAACACAUUACGUUCCUAGUUCAUGCCAUAAAUGAUGCUAUAAAUCAAAA